GACCUUGAUAAUGGCUAAUGGGCAGCUGCUCUAUUUGCCAGAGCUUUGGGUCUGAUCUCGCGCGCACUCUCUCUCUCUUUGUCUGUGCCUGGGCUCACCUUAUAUAAUGCGACGUAACGUUUGCCGAUCGUUCGAGUAUUGCACAAUUUCGAUAUCGAGGGACUGGGGCAGCGUUGAAUCGAUUUCACACACCGCUGACUCCUGGGCAGCGGCAGUAGCAGCAGCAGCAUCGACUCAACUUCCGGCAUUGGGCCUGACCGUAGCCAAGCCCCAAUGCCCAAAGUCGUGCCACCUGCCCCAGCUAUAAAUGCCAAUGUUGUUGUCAAAAUCCAGCCACAAAUUUGACGAACGUGCCACGAGAUGGAGCUGCUAACCAACACGAAUUUGCCCACUGCUUUGCUAGCCCUGCUGCAACUGCUGCUGCUGCUGCCUUCGGCUCAGCCGCAACAUUAUUUUCCGCACAGGCAGCUGCAUUACUACGAUGCGCCGCCUCGUCUGCGCCGCGUGGAGUAUGUGGCAGCGCCCUUUGUGGGCGGCUAUGUGGCGCCACCUGCCGCACACUACCAGCAGCAGACGCCCAACUUCCAGUUGCUCAACUAUCGGCCCAGCUAUCAGCCCCUGGCCUUGGAGUACCAGCAACAGCAGCUGCCUGCACCACAGCCAGCAGCUGCACUGCCAGCCCUGUAUCCACAGCCGAGUGUGCAGUACUUGCAACGUUCUGCGGCACCGCCUGCCGAGCUGGCCAAAUAUCGCUACGAGGGCAACUAUAUGCCCGUGCAGCAGCGCGUGGCUGUGGCGCCUGCACCGCAACGACAGCCACAGGCGCAGCCACAGCCGCAGCAACGUCUGGAGGAGCAGUUGUACAAUGUGCCGCCGGUUCUGUUCACCAGCGAUGUGCUGCAUGUGGUGCCCUCUCGAGCGGCGAACGCGCUGCAACAGCAACAACAUCAGCAGCAACAUCUACAGCAGCAACAGGGCGCUCAACGCUCCCGUCGCUUUGCGUCCAGGCAGGAUGCGGAUGCAGUGGCAGCGGAGUCCAGAAUGGACACUGAACGACCCACAAAGGAAACCAAAUAUUUUCAUGAUAUCUUCAUGAGAUUCGAUGGACCCAAUGCGCGCAGUUAUGGACAUGUGCUGGAUCAUCCGAAGGCGCGCGAGCGACGUUUCGAGUCUCAGCGUGGCACAAAUCGUUACAAGGGCGAGGUCAUAUGGACGGAUCGUCGCGGUGCUCAUGGCGAGCAUCGCUGGGACAUGGCGCAGGGCAAACUCUGAGCUGUACUUCAAAUGCCUUAACU